CUUCCAAAUCUCAGACAAGAGCAUCAAAACGACUGCCUCGGAGGCAAAAGAGCUGCAAUUAACUAGAUCAAGCUCCCUUCUCACCCUCAUCUUGCUCGGUCGUGAGCCUGAUCUGACAACAUGGCCCUCCCCAAGCGAAUCAUCAAGGAGACCGAGAGACUCAUCGCUGACCCUGCGCCGGGCAUCAGCGCCACACCGCACGAGGACAACCUGCGCUACUUUGAUGUUAUCAUCGCAGGGCCGGGAGGCAGUCCCUUCGAGGGCGGCUCCUUCAAGCUAGAACUCUUCCUCCCCGAAGAGUACCCCAUGGCCCCACCCAAGGUGCGCUUCCUCACCAAGAUCUACCAUCCGAACAUCGACAAGCUGGGCCGCAUCUGUCUCGACAUCUUGAAGGACAAGUGGUCCCCAGCCUUGCAGAUUAGGACGGUCUUGCUGAGCAUUCAAGCACUGCUGAGCGCGCCUAACCCGGAUGACCCGCUGGAUAAUGGCGUUGCGGAGCAUUGGAAGAGGGAUGAGAAGGGGGCCAUUCAAGUGAGCCGAGAGUGGACGCAGCAAUACGCCAAGUAGAGGCGACAACGCAGGAUCUGUAGGAUUGAGCGGGCAGACGACGACAUAUCGAAUGGCUAGCGGUUAUCCAAACUCUCACCAGUGCUCCGCAGUGCGCAAUGCUCCGCUUCUUUCGCUGACUUCCCGUUGAGGCGAUAAUGUUCUCGUGCGCUACUCUGCAGGCGAGACAGCACGACCGGGCGUCCCUCUUUAGCCAGAGCAUCUUCCUUCCCUUUCUUGCCCCCUUCGCAGAUCAAGAACCGCUCACGCUCAAAUUUGCCCAGAUCAUCACGCAAGCAUGGGUUGAGUCACGUCUAUGAAAAGAGGGCGCAGAGCAUUAUCGACAGGGGAAAGCUUAGCUCGCGCGAUCACUUGGAUCGGAUAUGAACAAGGACAGGACAAAGCUUCGACGGAGGCGUGAUUAGGUGAUGGAUAGUCUGGAAGUGAGAGCGAGGAAUGGGGU